AUGCACCAUCGCGCCAGUCCGGCGGCCGCGGCCGCCGCGGCAGGCCGCUCCCCCGCCACCGUCUUUGGCGGCCUGCUGCUGCUGCUGCUGCUGCUGUUGCCCGCCCUGACGGCCGCCGCCCCCCAGCACAACGCCCACGACGACGCCGAGGCGUCCGGCCUGCCACCGCGCAUGGCCACCGGCCUCGAUGGCCGGCCGGAGUGGAUGUCGCAAGAGCUCCUGUCCCGGGCCAUCCGCAUGGUCCGCGAACGGCCGGCCCUCUCGUCGGAGGUGGCCGCCAAGGCCGCCGCCAUGCGGGCCGCCUCCGCCUCCUCCUCCACCUCCUCCUCCUCCUCUUUCUUCGCGCCCGGCGGAGCAAAGUCGCAAGCGGCCGCCACCCAGGCGGACACCAUGUCCGCCUCCAGUGGCAUCCCCGAGGAGUGCCAAUUCCGGCCACCCCCCCUCGUUGCGCCGUACCUCAAGUGCGAGUGCGAUGACUACUACUUCGGUACUGGGUCCUCUCAAUCCGCGGCCCGGGCGGCCUCCGAGGCGGCCGCUCGCCCGGCCAUCGCCGCCUCGCUCGGCCUGCAUGGCACCCACGGCCAGGACCACGAUGACGCCGCCCUCGCGGCCAACAGCAACACCGGCAGCAGCGAAUGCUUCCCCCUUUUGCCGGGCCUGCCGCUCAUGACGCCCCUCUCCCAGGAGUUUGUCUUCCCAGCCGAUAACUUCACGAUCGCCAGCCUGUACCAGCACAACCACCGGCCGACCUUCGACAUGGUCAUCAUGUCCAGCACCUAUGUCUCCAACUAUCACGACAUGCAGGAGGAGCCGGAUUUGGACUUCCUUAACUUCAGCCCGUACUACCGGUUUGACGGGUUCCCCGGCGCACCGCAGCCCAAGGGCGGCCCGCUGUCCUACCUGCGCAUCCCCAACAUCACCAAUCUGCCCGAGGGCUAUGGCAUCCAGAAUCUUUGCCCUCUGGACGCGAGCAUUGCCUACAUGUCCGACCGCGAUUUCAACGAGUUCCUCUUCCCCCUGUCCAUGCAGUACUUCCUCCAUCCGUCGACCUUACCGCCGGCCGAUGCCAAUCCAGCGGCAGCUGUCUGGCCUCAUGGCCCGACGGACAUGCCGGCGAAGGAGCUGCCGGCCCUCGGCCGGGCGUGA